AUGGCACAACAGCAAAAGACAGUGCGAAUCGGCGUCGACGUCGGAGGCACCAACACCGACGCCGUCGCAAUCGACACCUCUCAACAAUCCUCACCCUCACGCGGAGUCCUCGCCCACCACAAAACACCCACCACACCCGAUGUGACUGCAGGAAUCGAAGCCGCUGUCCGCAGCGUGCUGGCGAAAUCCAAACUUCCCGCCACAGCCAUAGCAAGCGUCACAGUCGGAACCACGCACUUCAUCAACGCCGUCAUUGAGCAAGACGCCAGACGACUGCGCCGUGUAGCCAUCAUACGGCUGUCGAAAAGUUUCCUCCGAGAAGUCCCGCCGUUCAGUGAAUUUCCUUCAGGGCUGACGAGUAUUAUCCGCGGAUAUGUCGGGUACGUCGAUGGCGGGCUGCACAUUGACGGGUCGGAAGAGGCCCCGCUUGUGGAGAGUCAAGUGAUAGAUCGAUGCAAGGAGAUCAAGGCUCUCGGGUUGACGGCCAUUGUGAUCGUUGGAUCCUUCUCGCCCAUCGACGAGUGCUUCCACCAAGAGGACAGAGUCAAAGCCAUUGUUUUGAGGGAGAUUCCAGGCGCCGACGUCGUGGUUUCGCAUGAAGUCGCCAAUAUCGGUCUUCUGGAAAGAGAGAAUGCGAGUAUCCUCAACGCCGCGAUUUUGAGCUACGCGAAAAGGACAGUCAAAGGUUUUCGGCGAGCGAUGUCCAAUUUGUCGCUGAAAUGCCCGCUUUUCCUCACGCAGAAUGACGGAACCCUGCUGGACGCCGCCGCUGCAGCGAAUAUACCGAUACGGACAUUCUCGUCUGGAGCCACGAAUUCGAUGCGUGGUGCGGCGUAUCUCGCUGGCCGAAACUUGAACGGCACAUCUGCGAUUGUGAUCGAUAUCGGUGGGACCACGAGCGAUGUGGGAGUACUUCUGCCAUCGGGCUUGCCGCGACAAGCGUCGGCGUAUGUUACUGUCGCCGGCGUCCGUGUGAACUAUGCCAUGCCGUCGCUACAUUCUAUCGGUCUCGGUGGCGGAUCCAUUAUCCGACAAGAAGGAGAGAAGGUGACUAUAGGCCCGGACUCAGUGGGUCACUACCUUACUAGAGACGCUCGAGUCUUCGGAGGAAAGGUCCUGACGGCGUCGGAUAUUGCUGUGGCCGCUGGAAAGGUCCAGAUGGGAGACUCCAGCGCUGUGGAGAGCCUCGACAAAGAUGUUGUCGGGGAAGCUCAGCAGAGGAUUCAAAUUCUGCUGGAAGGUGCUGUGGACAUGAUCAAGACAUCGCCCGCCCCGUUGCCCGUCCUUCUGGUCGGUGGAGGAGCCGCUUUGGCACCUUCAUUCCUGCGCGGUGCUUCGGAGCUGAUUUUGCCUCCGUUCCAUGACGUCGCAAAUGCUGUAGGUGCAGCUAUCUCGAAGGUCGGUGGAACGGUGGACAUCAUCCAAGACGUUGCCGAGCAGUCCUCGGCACAGGCCAUCGAAAAAGCCAAGGUGAUUGCGAUCGAGAGAGCAGUUGCGGCCGGCGCGAUUCGGGAGACAGUCAUCAUCGCAGAACUGGAGACGUAUCCCAUCUCGUACGUCGCAAAUAAGCUGCGCACGAUUGCAAAAGCGAUUGGCGAGCUCGACGUGAGCCUCGAAGUCCCUGAUGUCGACCAGGAACAAGCAGGCGACUGGGAAGACGACGUCGAAACGACGAAAAGCUUCGCUGUAAAAGUGAUCGAUGAGCCGCCCGUCGAUCCGCGAACAUACAAGCCCAAAGUGGCAAAGUCAUCUGAGAGCGGUAUGCUGGAAUGGCGCAUUUCUGAAACGGACAUCGACUACCUCGCAGACGGCUGCUAUGUUCUCGGCUGCGCAGGAGGUGGAUCUCCAGCAGCGUCACGAAUCCAGCUCCGAGACAUGCUCCGAGCAGGACACAAGAUGCGGGUGAUUGAUGCCUCAUCUCUCCCAGACUCGGCCAGAAUCUACUGGGGAGGACACAUGGGUAGUCCAGCGACAUCCAACGAGCGCCUGCAAUCGCUGGAGACAGUCUAUGCCUUUCGUGCAAUGAUGGAGCAUCUCGGGCAGGAUUCCUUCGACGCAGUCAUGUCACUGGAGAUCGGAGGAGCAAAUGGACUGGAACCGUUCUUGGUCGCCAGCUCACGCUUCUUCGAUCGACCAGUCAUUGAUGGGGAUUGGAUGGGUCGAGCGUAUCCAACGUAUUGGCAAACCACAUUGACCGUGCAUGCGCCUGGCGAGCUUGUGCCAUGUGCGAUCGAUUCGGGCGACGGAAAGACGAUCAUCAUGACGAAAGCUCCAAAUGAUGAGAUUGUCGACCGUGCUUUGCGAGCUUCUUGCUCCGAGAUGGGAAGUAGAGUGGGUCUCGCGGCGAGGCCAAACACGAAACAGCGAGUUCGAGAAUUCGGGGUGCUUAAUACUGUGUCGCUGGCGUGGAGGAUCGGUCGCUGUAUCGCCAUUGCGGAGGCCAACAAUACGCUCUCGACCGUCGCAGAAGCUAUCAUCGACGAAGUGGGCGGCGAGAAGAGCGCAUGCAUACUGUUCCGGGGCAAGAUCGUCGAAGUUGAAAGACGACUCUUCAAGGGCCAUUCUUACGGCAGCAUCACCAUCGCAAGCCUCAGUUCGGAGGAAGAGGAAGACUCGUCGACAUCUCAGGCCAGUCGCAUGCCAGCUCGGGCAUCCGGAGGAACGUUGACCAUUCCGUUCAAGAAUGAGAACCUGUAUGCGGAGCAUACGUCUGAUGGAGGAGUGAAGACGAUGAUUUGCUCGGUUCCCGACUUGAUCUGCGUCCUUGAUACAGGGUCUGGAAAAUCACUCGGCGUUCCGGAAUUCAAGUAUGGCUUCAGAGUCACGGUCCUGGGAAUCACUUGCAGUCCCAGGUGGAGUGACAGUGAGAGAGGGUUGGAGAUUGGUGGGCCGUCUGCGUUUGGGUAUGAUAUUCCGUACAAGCCGGUCGGGACGUACGUCGAGCCGAGAAGCGUCAUCGAGGAGUACUCGCAGAAAUAG